AUGUCCAGUGAGAUUAAUGAACUUUCGUUCGAUGUCGAUAAGGGAUUCCAGCAGAAUGACUCUGAAGAUGUGACGCGAAUGGGUGUUGCAGCCAUUACUUCAAUAUACUUCGACAAUGAACCGUACCUCAGUCGACUAGAGAAGACAGAGGGUGCAGAAGUUAACCGUCUCUGGUGGUACGGCGACACAGAGGUGAAAACCAUGGGUGAAAAGUCUGUCAAGGCGCGCUCUCCGAUCAAGGAACAUCUCGUGAAUGCUUUUCUGGGUGGAAAAUACACCAUGGGCGAGGAGCUCCAGGCUAUAGUCAACAAGCAAGAGGGCACCAGCCUAAGUCGAUUCCAUGAUUCGGCUUGCAUGAGAGGUUCAGUAUCGUAUUGUUACGAAGCAGCUGCAGCCAGGACGUUUUACAACCGAACUCCAUUCCAACUCCCAGGAGAUCCCCGUGUACGGAUAUCGCUUGAUACAGAGCUCACCAUGGCUGGCGAAAAAAACUGGGAUGGACAGACGCGUACUGGCGAUAACUGGCGGCGAACUGAGGAAGAUAAGGAACUUUUCAAGCUUCAUGUUCACGCUCCCAAAAAGUAUGACAUUUUAGAACUCAAACUUCAGACUCGGUGCGGACAAGAGGUUCCAAAAUGGGUUACGGAUCUUGUCCAGUCCCACCUCGUCGAAGCUGUACCCAAGUUCGGUUAUGAUUCUCACAAGAAAAGACGCACCACUGCCACUUACAGAUUGCCGCUAUGUGAUAAAUUUAUCCAUGACUGUGCUACCCUACUGCCUAAUCGUAUGGCUCUAUGA